UUUCAGUCUCACAACCCCCACCUCUUUCCAAACCCCGCAGUGACUUUAAAACACGGUUUUGUCGCUAUUGCUAAGCUUCAAUUACAUUUUGCUUGCUGACUCGGCAGCUUUUCUUGUCACGUGAUUGUGAAAAGCACAGUGGUGUGUGAUGGUGCUGCUGUAACAAGGAUGUCUUUCAAGUCGCAGAAAUUCUCACCAGACCAGCAGCUCAGCCAAACCAGUUGUUUGACGGAACAAGAGGAGGAAACGAUGAGUGAACAGUACUCUGUUCGUACAGAAAGUACCACACCAGAUGAACAACCGCUGAUACGUGUCAGUCAGAAAGAUGCAGAAAUGGAGGCAGUUUCAAAGACAAGUGAGGCUCAUUAUUCGGCAAAUUGCAAUGACUCCAGGGCAGAAAAAGAUUCACAGGAUAUAGAAAUUGAGCAAACACAUUUUCCGCACGAAGAACCUGCCGUUGAGGAUAAUGUGCAGCAAACUGUCUGUUUUAUGGAGUCACUAUUGAAGAUGGAAAGCUUGGAAGACUCAGGAAAUGCCGCCGAGGGCAUCACACAAGAAACGGAGUUCUGGGAUGACUAUAAUGUAAUGUUGAACGGUGUCGCAAGUUCAAACCGAAAGCAAACAUCGCCGCUUUCCGUUGCUCAAACUGGUCGUGAUACAGAAUGUGGAUGGCACUUCCCUGCGGGAGCCGGCUUAGUGGAUGAAAUUCAUUGCCCACACUGGCGUUUUCCUGCUAUGAGCUAUUACCCUUCAGAGGAGCAGAUGAGGCCCUUAGAUGUAUCAUGGCGAUUAUGGCAAAAAAGUUCAACGGAAGACUCUGAAACACCGGCCCCUUUCAAAAAGCCCUUCAUGGAUUUUACCGUCAUGUCCUACAACAUCUUGGCCCAGGACUUGCUGGAAGCCAACAUAGAGUUGUACAAACACUGCCCCCGAGAGGUGCUGGAGUGGAGUUACCGGUGUAGCCUGCUGCUAGAGGAAAUACACAAAUGGGCGCCAGAUAUUCUUUGUCUCCAAGAGGUGCAGGAGAACCACUAUCAAACACAACUGUAUCCAGUCCUCACUCAAAUGGGCUAUAACUGUGUCUACAAGCGGCGCACAGGGAACAAGACAGACGGCUGCGCUACUUGCUACCGCAGCAGUCGCUUUUCUGAGGUGUCGGUCAUGCCGAUAGAGUUCUUCAGGCCCCAAACGGAGAUCCUGAACCGACACAACGUGGGAAUAGUUUCGGUGCUUCGACCUGUUGUCUACCAGGAUUCGAAGAUCAGGGCGAAGGGCUCGCUGCUUUGUGUGGCCAACACGCACCUUCUUUUCAAUCCCAGGAGGGGGGAUGUGAAACUGGCUCAGCUGGCCAUAUUGCUGGCAGAAAUCAACAGCGUGGUCAAAUCCUGGAAGGCUAAAGGUGAACACUGUAACGUCAUCAUGUGCGGAGACUUCAACUCUUUGCCGCACAAGCCUCUUUAUCAGCUCAUCACGACCGGAGAGCUCUACUUCGAGGGUCUGCCAGCGUGGAAGGUGUCAGGUCAGAAGGACCUUUCAAACCAUUCCAAUUGCCACAGACUGUUUGCUCCUCUAUGGCCCAACUCUUUGGGAAUUUCAGACUGCUGCAAGUACAUCACUUCCAAUGAGGUGGUUGCAAGCCAGAGUGCAGUCUCAGCAUCUCCUGGAGGGAAACUUCUCUACAGUCACGACUUCCUCUUGAAACUGCGUUUCUGUCCAGUUUCAUGUGUUCGUCCUUAUGAUUUAGAAUUUAUACCAGGUGUCACAGACAACGAGCCAGAUGUCUCAAGUGGAAACUGGAGGGGUGUUAGGUUUGGAGAUACUCUCAGACAUCAGUUAGACCUGGAGUCCAUCUUUAACCACACACUCCCUGACUCAGGCGAAUCUGAAGUAACAACCCUGCACUCUGAAGGGGGAGCCACUGUGGACUAUAUCUUCUAUUCCCCUAAACGCACUUCAGAGCUAGCAGAAGGCCAGUCGGACUGCGAAGGUCUGAAGUUGAUCGGUUGUCUUUCGCUGCUAACUGAAGAUACUUUAUGGUCCAUGGAAGGUCUUCCUAGCCACAUCUUCCCAUCCGAUCAUCUCAGUAUUGUGGCUCAGUUUCGGCUGGACUUGAACGCAGCAGCAUUUUAAACAAAAAGACCUCGGGGUAAAAUUUCAUUCAAUUUUUUUCGCACUGUCAGCCCCUUGCAGUUUGGGCAAUGUUGCUCAGCUUUAUGUUAAUAAAAAAAAAAAAAGACUGCCGAGAUCAUGAUAGCUAACAAUUUGCACAUUUUAUUGAUGUAUUUUUUUGUAUUUGCAGAGAAUUUUAAAAAUGUUAUUAAUAAAUGGUUCAAUUGUUUUCUCUUAACAUUUGAUCCAACAGUACUUGACUUACACUCAUGCUGCCUUCAUGUGGUGUUGUAAUUACGGUUAAAUGAACUUAUCGAUAGGGUUGGGCAUUGAACAUCGAUGGGAUCCGAGACUAACACUCCGGUUCUCCCGGAACCGUUUGAAUUUUUUUAUUUCGAUGCCCUGACCGCCGACUGGAAAAAAUACAGUGGGGCAAAUGAGUAUUUAGUCAACCACUAAUUGUGCAAGUUCUCCCACUUGAAAAUAUUAGAGAGGCCUGUAAUUGUCAACAUGGGUAAACCUCAACCAUGAGAGCCAGAAUGUAAAAAAAAAAAAAAAAAAAAAAAAAAACUGAAAAUCACAUUGUUUGAUUUUUGAAGAAUUUAUUUGCAAAUCAUGGUGGAAAAUAAGUAUUUGGUCUUUACCAGAAGUUCAUCUCAAUACUUUGUUACUGUAUGUACCCUUUGUUGGUGCUGAAAACAACACGCAAAUGCCCACUUGCCGUGCUGUGGGACUUACAAGCCUCAAUUUCAGAUAAUAUCAAUGGUUUAAAUUAGGGCUGUCAAAAUUAUCGUGAUAACGGGCGGUAAUUCAUUUUUUAAAUUAAUCACGUUAAAAUAUUUGACGCAAUUAACGCACAUGUCCCGCUCAGACAGUAUUCUGCCUUUUGGUAAGUUUUACAGCAAGGCUUUUUUGUGCUGUCUAACAGCGAACUCUUGUGGUCGCUUUGCGACAUGCUUUAUUGUUUUCUUGCCAGUUCAAUAUGGCUGCACGACGUCUCGGGCUGAUAAUGUUGUGCUUAUAUUAUCCUUGGACAAGAUUUGUCCGUAAGUAUGGUUGUUGUAAAGAAUGUACAUAUUAUGUUAGUAAGCGAAAUGUUCUAUUUUUUGUAUGAGACGCUUUUUGUUUAUGUUGAGUGAACCUGUAUAGCGUGCUAAGCUAACGUUGUUGCUAAUGCAAUGCUUGUGUCCUUUUUUUUGUAGUUUUACGACGGUCUAAAGAGGACAAUGGUUUGAGGCCAUUUUAUUAAUAAAUCAGAUCAAAAAGGAAGAAGUCUGAUUAUUAAGGCGUCGUUCACUAGCUGUCUAGCUUUGGAAAAAGUAGACGCUUCGGAGUGAGGACAGCAUAGACAGAUUUAAGUGACAGUAGAGUGAAAAGCCCACUACAGUCCUUAUGUACCGUAUGUUGAAUGUAUAUAUAAUUUACAGAAAAAUGUGGCAUAUUUUAUAGAUGGUUUGAAUUGCGAUUAAUUACGAUUAAUUACGAUUAAUUAAUUUUUAAGCUGUAAUUAACUCGAUUAAAAAUGUUAAUCGUUUGACAGCCCUAGUUUAAAUGUUAUGACAACAAUUUACAAUUAUUUAGGCCAGGGGUGGGCAUUACGUCGAUCGCAACGCUAGUGUGGGUAGCUCGCAGCAUCAAAAAAAAAAACACAAAAAACCCCCCAAUUAUUUAUUUAUUUAUUUAAAAUGUACAGUUAAUCAUGUCAUGUGAGCAAACAUAAUUUACCGUCCAUUUUUUAUUUAUAUUUUUUUAAAUGUACACAGUUAUUUGUGUUUUGUGAGCAACAUAACCUCAUAUGUUGCUCACAAAGCAUAAUUACUCUAACUGUCCAUUUAAAUUUUUUUCUUUUUUUUUAGUUCACCCUCCUCUCUUAAGGUAGAUCGCGGGAGGUUGUUUCAUUUAAAAGUAGAUCUUGGAGCAAAAAACUUUGAGCACCCCUGAUUUAGGCUAUAAUCUGCACAGCACGGGCAAUUGCCCACAUAACCACAGGUGGGACUUACAGUAACGUACAAUCUAACUUGUAAAACAUAAAAAAAAGAAAAAAAUCAGAAAUUACAAUAAACAACACAAACCCAUUCUUUUGCGAGUUUCUUCUCAGAUCUCAAAAUUCCCACCGCCUUACAAAUUUUGCAACCCGAAUUUCCCAUAAGGGUCCUGGCCUGUUUCUCCGGCUGUUGGUGGUCCAUCUAGCUGACUGCUGGCGCUGUAGCUGGCCCCCAAGCAUUUAUACUGUAAUGUCUGUAACAAUUGAAGGAAUCUGACCUUCUAGCCGAUCGCUGGAAUCGCGCCAACCGAACCGCCAGACGUGCGCUGGCGCAGAGCCAACGAGCCGGGCCGGCGAGACCCCGGCAAUCCGGCCAGAAGGGCAAACUCCGCGCAUUCACCUUAGUCUUAACUAGAGAUGUCCGAUCACGUCAUUUUCAAAGUAUCGGAAUCGGCAAAAAAAUAUCGACCAUGCCUUUUUUUUAAUAAUUAUAUUUUUUAAUUAAAUCGUUUUCUAAUUGUAUUUAACGUUACAGACAUAAUAUGUGACACUCAUCCAGAGUCUUUACUUUAGGCUUAAGGUAGGGUUAUCAAAUUUAUCCCGAUAACGGCGGUAAUUAAUUAAAAAAAAAAAGUAUCACGUUAAAAUAUUUAACGCAAUUAAUGCAUGCGCUGCACGACCCACUCACGCAUUGUCACGCUCAAUCUGUAAUGGCGCCGUUUUACCUACUGUAUAUAGAGAGAUAAAAGGCAGCGUAAAAUGAGCAGAGUGAAUUUUGGCAGCCUUUGGAGCCUUUUUUUAAUUGGCUAAAGCCUUACAAUCCCUCUCCCUACGAUUAGAAAUAUCAAGGGAAGCAAUGUGGGAAACCAAGGUAGCAAUUGAUCUUUUUCUUAACAUCUUAUGUUAUUUCCCAACGCAGAGAAGAUAUAUCAAUUGGUACCACGACGCACAGACAUGGUUCCACUUCCCAUCAUGCCUUUGGACAUGGCUACAGUAUCAUUUACUGAAAGCUCAACAAAUACACUAGAUGGCAAUAUUUAGGCACAAUAUACAGAGUCACAAGUCUUUCUAUCCGUGGAUCCCUCUCACAGAAAGAAUGUUAAUAAUGUAAAUGCCAUCUUGAGGAUUUAUUGUCAUAAUAAACAGAUACAGUACUUAUGUUCUGUAGGUUGAAUGUAUAUAUUCGUCCGAGUUUUAUUCAUUUUUUUCUUAAUGCUUUGCCAAAAUGUAUAUGAUCGGGAAAAUUUAUCGGGAAUGAUUGGAAUUGAAUCGGGAGCCAAAAAAAGCAAUCGGAUCGAGAAAUAUCGGGAUCGGCAGAUACUCAAACUAAAACGAUCCGGAUCGCAUCGGGAGCAAAAAAACAUGAUCGGAACAACCCUAGUCUUAACCCUUUGUACUGACUUUGACAAUUUAUUCAGGUCGACAGGGAUCAAAACGGCAUGGUGAAACAGAAAUACUCAGGCGGGGAGGCAAAUUCACCAUAUCAGACGUCAACAAAAGGUUCCCGAGAAAAAAAUGACAUCGAUCAGUCAAACAUUAAGUCUUUUGAAGGCUCUCGUGGAGCGGGCUGUUGGCACAAAGUAGAGUGUUUAGGAUUAUUGUCUGUUUGUGGAUUGGACAGGAGGAUUCGGGAGUUACUGUUGUCCAGGCAAUGAGGAUUGUGGAUUUUGCCACUUUAGCAUCAAAGGGGCUCUUGAAGUCUUGUCAGUCGUGUAAUCAGUUGGAUAUCGUGCGUUCUCCUGUGUUCCCUGUGUUAGGACAGACCGUCCCGCCAUUUGUUCUGGACUGUCCUGGAGAACUGAUUCCGAGAGUUGGUGCAUCAAUCUUGCUCAGAUUGGGCUUCCGUGUUAAGAAAGCGUCUUGUAUCUUUUAUGCCCUAUAUUCUGCUUGUUUUCCUUAAACUAUGGUAACAGUGCUAUUUAUUUUAUCUUUGGUGUGUUAAGAGUAAUACAAACAAAUGGUGCCUACAAGAAAAGGUACUAUCUCCUAUAUCCUUUAGCAGUCGAAUGUGGCGGCAGUCCGCUGUUGUUUGUUUGUUUUCUUCUUGUUGCCACAAUAAAGUGGAGGAAGCCAUCAACGAGUCCUCUGCUUCUUUCUCCCCAUUUGGGGCUAUUACAAUACAUUUUUAAAAACGUUUUUAUAUUAUUUUCUAUACACAAGAGGUGCCGGAUCUCCCCAAAUAAGUCCCGGAACACAGGGAGGCCAAAAGCAAGAGGUGCUGGAUCUUGUUCCAGCAGAAUCCGGCAAAAAUUAACCCGGGCUCCCACCCCUCAUGAGGAUAUUAUGCGUUAUAUGCAGUGGGAUUAGACAAUAGUGUUUAACCAAACCAAAACAAUCCUGUGUGACAGCUAAAACGUAAUCCCUGUUGGAUGCACUAACAAAUAUCUCAUUUAUGUUCCGCUUUGACCUCAAUGCUUCUUGCCCUUCAUAUCCCAUCCUCCUCGUGAGCGUCGACAAAUUUCAUGCAUGAAUCAUUCAGUAGUCGUGCAAUUUGCAAUUCCCCUGGUGAGUGGUUUCUGAUAAGUGUUCGUUGUGAGCUAAACUUUCUAUGUCUGGAUUUUGUUUUGACAUGUAACAAGGGAGGGAAAAAAUUGCGUCUGUAGAUAUUUCUUCUGAAAACUGGUAUGGAGUUUAUCUGUUAUGAGUGUUUGGCAUCUGUAACAGUAUUACGGGUUCAAGAUUUGUUUGUUUCAGCCAGCUAUCGAUUAUUUUAGUCGUCAAAUAAUCUAUCAGCUAGUUAAUUUGAAUAAUCAAGUAAUUGGAUUAGGAACAUUUAAUGCUUUGCAGGAUAAAUUUGAGGAGAUGUAAAACAAAGGCUUGCUAAGAUUGCACUUUGAAAAGAGAAUUAAAUGUGAGUACAAAACAAAAAUACCGAUUGUUUCUUCAUACUAUCCAGAAUUGUACUUCAUUUAAAAAUAAAUUAAAAUACCCGAGUUUAGCCUCAAACAGUAUAAGAAAUAUAAAUGAGGAUCAACAAAAGAACAAU